ACGUGAAGAAACGAGGAGGAGCCGAAGGUUUUAAACGGGCUCCAACUCCCGAUUCCACCGUAACAAAGGGCGGUUUUUUGCUUCUAUCGAUUGCAUUGAACUCUGAGCGCUUUUAGUCUUCUGUGCAUGUUAUUUCUCUUUGGCUGUUACUUCUAAACGCGCCCGGACGAUGCUCGCCUUUUUGGGGGAAAUAUUAUUCCCUCUUUCUAACCCACAGUCGGAGUUUAUCGCCGCGGGGACGGGUCCGAUUUCCCUUUGUUUUGGAAAAAUCUAAACAGAAGAACAAAGAUGCCGAACUGAUGGAUUUGAGCAGGGCAGAGACACAGACCGCAUCGUCUUGGGAAACAGGUACUUGUGCCUGGCAAGCUGGCCUGCCCUGUUGGUGCCAUGAAAUGUCUUGGGCCCUUGGAUGACCAGCGGCUUGCAUUCCUCCUUGACGUUGCACUCUCCAAGGAGGCCAAAUUAUGGAAAGUGCCUCUUUUCAGGACUUGCAGUUACCAGCAGGAUCCAACUAUAAAUCCACUGCAGCGGGAGAAUGUCGUUCUGUGGCUCAGGGACCUGUGCUCCAAGUUUGGGUAUUACCCUGAGACCUUCUUUUUUGCUGUUAGUAUUCUUGAUCGCCUCUUAGCAUCCGUAAAGGCACAACCAAAGUAUCUUCGUUGCAUUGCCAUUUCCAGCUUGUUCAUCGCAGCCAAAAUCAAUGAGGAAGAUGAGGUCACACUCCUAGUAAAGGACCUCACGGCGAAGAGUGCCAGUGGCUGUUCUACCAAUGAGGUUGUGAGGAUGGAAAGGAUCAUACUGGAGAAAUUGCAGUGGGACCUUUACACCGCCACACCAGCAGACUUUUUGAACAUAUUCCACGCCAUGGUGAUGUCCAGCCAGCCCCAUCUCCUUGAGCAGUGGCCUCAGAUGAAGCCCUCUCUCCACGCCGCACUCUUAACCAGACAGCUGCAGCACUGCACUGCCUGCCACCAGUUACUGCAGUUCAGAGGCUCCACGCUUGCCUUGGCGAUCAUCAGCUUGGAAGCAGAAAGAUUGACUCCUGACUGGUUCACUGUUACAACUGAUCUGCUAAAGAAAACACAGAUUCACAGCUCAGAGUUUAUCUGCUGUAGAAACAUGGUGGAACAGCAGUUAUUGCCACCCACAUUGGUCUGGGAUCCCAACACGCUCUAUGUCUUUGAUCCUGCAAGUUCGGUCGUUGAAAGGCAACAGCGGGGAAGAUUGCUUUACACUCAUUCAGGCAGAUGUGAUUUGAUGUCUGAUUCACUCCCCGGUGGAAAGCUGUGGUCCAGCCAACAAGCUUCUGUCAGCAACAGUACAACUCCAGUUAAACCAAAUGAGGCAGAGGCAAGUCCCAUGUACGGAAUGCAGAAUCUCUCCAGAGAUACUAUCACUGUGGCUACCGAGGGGAUUGGUGACAGCAAGGAUGUUGAUUCCAGCACAGCUAGUUCACAGCUGGUGGAAAACCCUUCACCUUGUCCCCCGCUGCAGCCUGUGGAUGAUGAGUAAGUGGCCACAAUAGGAGUUAACCAAAUCAUAGAUUCAUUUUUAUUUUACCAAGUUGUAUAUGUACAAGGGUAAAAUAAAUUCAUUCAGUGACAUAACUGCUCAAACUGGUACAAUCCAUUUCAGGACUGUUAGGAAAUCAGGAAAAUAAUCCUCUACUGCCGGGUCUGUAGUAACAAAGCCCCUGAUCCACCUCUAUCCCAAGGGUUCUAGUAUCUUCUCUAGGCCAAAUUUGUAUGUCUUCCAUAGAAUAGUUAUCCCCGUGUUGAAAAUGAUCAGCUAAAUAUUUAAUGCAGAACGUUAAGCUAACAACAAAGAACCAGUACAUUUUUUUUCUUAACCUUUAGUACGACUGACCUGUGCCUACAAUGUGGAAGGUGGGAAGUUUGUGUUUUGCAGGAUAUCCAUUGAUGUCAACUUCCAGAGCCAACAGUACAUUUUUAGAAUAUUUCCUAGUUUCCACUGGUUCAUAAGGGUUUUGCAUCGGUUUCCGAGGUGAAUGUGGUAUUUGGACUUUGAUACUGAGCAGCUUUGGGUAUAAUGGUUCAGGAACAUCAUGCAUAGGAGGCAAAGCCACUUUAAAUGACCAAGAUUUUCUUCCUCAUCCCCUCAUUACAACUGAUACAUUUCCCACAUACCACAAUGACACAAUUGUGUAGUCUCAAAGUAUUCCUUUACCCACCUCUUCUCUAUACAUGUCUGAAUGCUGAAUGCAAAUUCUUCACAGACCAGCACAAGUAAGCAAUGAUUUAGAACAUUUUAAAAUUGUAUUAUAAAUUAUUACUCGCAACAUGUAAGAGUGUAUAGUUCAAUGGUAGCUCCAGAAAUGGGAUAAAAUCUCUUUUCCACCUGUGAGUAAUUUAGCUUUGACUAAGAGUCUUCGGUAAACAGCCACUUGCUAGCAAUAUCAUUAUGCACUCAGUAGUUUUAGUGAACUUUAAAUAUUUAAUGCUUAUCAAGCAUGCACAAAAGUACUUCAGAGCUUCCAUGAAGAUGCAAGGUGAUCUAAACUUGCAAUAAUUAGCUCAAUUUGGAGAGCAGUUUUAUUGCCAGUGCCCACUUUGAAAGCAAUAUUCUUUAGGCUGGUGCAGAAUUGCAUUUGAUUGCAUCAGCGAUAGCAUUUGUGCAGUAAUUACUUUGUGUUCUGUCUUUUGUACUGCUUUGGCCAACAAUGGAAACUUUCAUUUGUUGAAACUCCAGCACAGACUAAUAAAAUCUCCUCGAGAUGGACUGCAGAUGCUGGAAUCUGGAGCAAAACGAAAAUGAUUGGAGAAACUCAGUGGGGUCAAACAGCAUCUGUGGGAGGAAGGGAGUAGCUGGUUUUGGGUUGAGAUCUUGCACCAGUCCUGGUGCAGUGCCUCAACCUUAAUCAUCGACCAUUCCUCAUCCUUCCCUCCCCCUCCAACCCACCACGACCUCCAUCAAAGAUGAUGCUCGACACACUAGGUUUCUCCAGCAGUUUAGUAUGAGCAAAAAUUUCUGCCUCCUGUUUUAAAAGGAUACAGUGUGCUACCCCCAUCUUGUGGCCAUUGCAGAAAAUAUCUCAUUGUGACUGCAAUGACAGUCUUUUGGCAUCUUCUGGCCUCCUUGACUCUCACACCCAGGAAAUUCUGAAUUUAAGUGGUGCAGUCAGUUCUUAAAUGAUAGCAGGAUUUUCAGUUGCACUUCUUUUAUCAUCUCCCUUGUAUACUUUUAAAGAAAUCCUUGAUGUGCCCAAAAUGUAUUUUUGAGGCUUGUAUUUUUGUUGGAAUCAUUCAAUUAACUUCUGAAGAAUUAUGUAAAUCCUUCAUGCAAUGGCUAAAGAGCUCAAGUCCAAUCCAUAUUUUUUCACCACAAGCUCUUAACAUCGUUAAUUGCUAUUCUACGCAUCCAGUGCUUCCUCCCAGUGGCUAGAAAUGCACAGUUUACAGGAUGCAGUCUGUCUUGAGCCAAGAUUAGAAGAUUAGCUUUAUUUUGCACACGUUCGUUGAAACAAACAGUGAAAUGCAUCGUUUGCAUCAAAUCAGCAAGGAUUGUGUUGGGCAAGUGUUGUCAUGGUUCCGGAGCCAACAAAGCAUUGUCCAGAUCUCACUAAUCCUGACUGUACCUCCUUGGAAUGUGGGAGGAAACUGGAGCACCUGGUGGAAACUUAGUCACAGGGAGAAUGUACAAAUUCCUUACAGGCAGCGGCAAGAAUUGAACCUUCUUUGAUGAUUGCUGGCGCUGUAAAGCGAUGGGUGUCAUGCUUCUGUGCCGCCCAAGUACCUGAUCCCAAUGGUUUGAAAAUAUUCCAAUAUUCUACAUGCCUUAACUGGUCAAUUAAGCAUCCACCUUUUGUACACCGUAAUUCACAUUAUAACAUUACCGAUUAAUUUUGCCUGUGUGUUUCAAGUUGUUUCAGAAUCUCAUGCCAGUUGAAGCUGAGAGUUUCAAAUCUUCACAAUAGUAAAUAAACCAAAGAGAGAUUUUAAAGUUAUUUGCGCGAAAUUCAAAAAUUCACGAGCAUUAAAACUAAAUUUAAAUCCUUUAAGAGGAAAUAGUAGAAUAUUGUAUUUGUUCAUAGUCAAAUGUAUCUGGAACAAAUGAGUAGAGGAGAAAAUCCUACUACUUUAAUCAAAAAAUGUUAUGAACCAUGCACUUAAUGAGUCAAUGUCCUGAAAUCCGAUUGGAUUUAUUUAAUGCCGUUGACAUUUUGAAAUCUUUUAAUAAAAUGUGCAAUUCUUAUCUUUGCAAUAGAGGUUUUAGAAAUUUUCUGAACUGUAGCUCGCACAAUAUUCAUAGAAGAUGAUUAAACGACAACAGCCGUCAUUGAAAUAUCUAAAGUUCUAUACAGUAAAAGUGUCGGGGGGGGGGGGGGAAUCUGAUAAAUUACUAUUGGCCAUUAAUAUUACAAUUAAUGACAAAUGUUGUUUCACAGAAUGGCAUUACCAAUAAUGAUUACAAGAUUAUAAUUUUAAAAAAUCAUAUCUUACAUCUAUAUACGUUUCCCACAACUUACUGUUACAUAUUCUGACAUUCUCAUUUAUAACAAUUAUCAAAGAAUGGAUACCACAGAUCAUGUUGACCAUGAUCUCAUCAAGUGGCAAAGGAGAAACAUGGGCUGCUCCUGCUCCUGGGUUUCUGAUGUAAACUGAACUUGAGAAAUACUUCUCAAUACUUUUGAGCUCCUCAGCCAAUAUUGCAGUGGCAACUUGUGAUUCUGUUGCCCAAAUUGCGUAUAAUUGCAAUUUCUUUGUAUUUUUUUUUAUUAACAAUUGAAAUGGUCUUAAUUUGCUAUGCAUGACACAUUCAACUAGUAUUUUAUUCAUUUGUAAUUAUAGGCCUACAGAAAAUGCUCAAGUAAAUGCUUCUGCAAAGCUUUAGUAAAAGAGAAUUAAUCUGACAUAGCAUUUGGAAAUUUCUCAUAAUGUAAUUAUUAUUUACAGAAUUUUCUAAGCACGUUAAGAAAAUUCAUUUAGCCAGCAUAUAACCUAACAUCAGGGGGCAGAAACAAAUUAAACAGCUGUUUUCUUUCUCACUUUAUCAAUUGUUUAAUCACUCUAGUGACUUUGAGGAGGUAAUCUGUACAGUAAUGAGGAUGUGUGCAAGAUUCAUCAUUUCUAUGUUUCAAAGGCAGCUAAUGAAGGUCCUACUACUAUAGACAAAUGUUUCAAGCUAUUUGUUUGUGUAAAACUACUAAGAAUACGCCUUAUGCUGUGUGUUCCCCUUCAAAGGGAUACCCUGCUGACAAAACCUCACAGUAGUGCGAAAAAUAUAGCGGCCAGAAGUGCCCUCAGUGGUUAUAAAUGCUAUAUAUUUUGGAAAAUGUACAACUUUUCUGUGGUAGGACCAAAAACUUCCUAUAAAAGCAAAAUAAGCUUUAGCAUCCUUUUAAAUACUGUGAUAUUGAUGCUAUUUAAGCAUAACAAGUAUUUUGUAUUCCUGACAGUUUCUGCACUAAUUUUACUGUUAAGAGUACAAGUCUCGGCACUCUCCAUUUUAGUAAAUGUGUUUUAUUCUGUAUUCAUAUUUUAAGUUAACACUGAGCAGGUGAUACUGAGCAAAAUACUGGAAGCUCUUUGCUGCUCUUUAAGGAGCUCUUAUCCAGCUCUUGUACAAUUUGAACAAGAUGUUUAUAGAUUUAUUUGAACUAAAUAAAACUGUGAUAUU